CAUCCGCGCUCUCUGUCUCUCUCACCCGCAUUCAAUAUAUGGAGAAGAUACAAACCAAACGUGAGGAGGAGACGGCGGUGUUGUACAAGCGCGAAUCGGGAAGGUGUACACCGCGGCUGCUCUCUUUGCAAAAGGGCUUCCCGUCUUGGGAGAGCAAGACAGCGUCGCGGACAUGAUCUCAACGUACUCUUUCAGGCUCGCAUCGCUGCGGCAAGAGGGCAGCUCCGGCCGGCGGGGAAGCAUCGACAGCUGCGACGAGACCGAAAACGCUUUAUAUUAUCCCAACAUGGAUGCUGGUUUGGAGCACAAGGAGAGAGUCCUUCAACAAGAUCUGACUCGCCGCAUCGAGUGCUGCCUGACCGAGGCCAAGGCUUCCGUCCUCCAGUGCAAGGUGUUGCUUCUCCCCCGCCAGAUGACCACUAGGGUCGGUCGUGACGUACUUCGUUCCUCCACGGAUGAGCCAUGUGGGCUGCGGGGCGCCUCCAUCAGGGUCUACGUGGAGACCAAGGAUGGCCUCAAGUCUUUGGGGUGUGUCCUCACCGACUCGAGUGUCACCCCGACAUUUGAACUAUCAGUCUUGUUUAAAGUGGACAAUGACGGCUGGAAACCACUCAAGCACAUCUUUGAGAGCAGAAAAGUGUUGAAGCUGAGACCAGAGUAUAAGCUGGUAAAGCGGAAGCUCUACUCUUCUGCCAGCCCUGUCAUCCAUGAGUUUAACUAGAACACAGUUCACCAAACCCCGAGGACCACAUCAGAAACCCCGAGUUCUGUGUCUGAAUGUUAAAGCUCAUGUCUUACAAAUCGCAAGGUUUCUGAAACUGAACCUGGCAUUUUGUUAUAUUUUAUUUGUAUUGAUAUGAGUAUAUAUGAAUUUGCUCAAGCACAAAGGGUCAAACUGCUUGUUUAAUUGUCGUAUGCCUGUAACUAACAUGACCGCUAAUUUGCACAAAUUGUUGAAUGUUUGAAGUGUACAAUGGAUGCAUCCCGUCUGGAAGGGGCAGGUCUCAUUCCUUAAAGUUGCUAUUUGUAUUUAUGAUUAAUAAAACAUUUUGGUCACGUUU